AUGAGUGAUCAACGCUCGAUCGAAGGAAAAAAUCUGUUGCAUCAUGAUUCGCCACGACGUCAUUCGCAUGCUUCUUGUGGGAUAACAGUAUUGGUUCACGAAGCUGAUGCGCUAAGGCAGCAAAACUCUAGUUUAUGUCAACAAUUAAAAGCACUUCAAUUUCAAAUACAACGGCAACAAAUAAUUUUUGACCAACAGCUACAUAAAAGUGUUUCUACUCAACCAACUAUCCCUAACAAAUCAACUGGUCAAGCUCACGAUUUUAAAGAAGAAAUAAAUAAUUUAAAAGAAGAAAACAGUAAUUUAAAUGAGCAAGAUGAUCAAUUGAAGAAAGAGAUAAACACUUUAGAACAAGCUAAUGAUGCAAUGAAGGAAAACAUAAAUAAUCUUAAACAAGAAAACAGUGAUCUAAAACUAGAAUUUCGCCGUUUACAACAAGAAAACAGUCGUUUAGAACAAGAAUACCGCCGUUUCGAACAAGAAAGUCGCAUUUUAAGACAAGAAAUUGAUCGCUGUAUCGAGGAAAAUAAUCGUUUAAAAAACAGUUGA